AUGCCACUUUUGGAUGAGGUGGUGUUGGUCUUUGCGCUCAGCAUCGGGGCCCUCGGAAUAUACUUCAUAGACUCAUCAGAUCCGAUAGAAUCCUGCCAGAAUUUCUGGAAAGAUUUCACGUUACAGAUCGAUAUGGCCUUCAAUGUCUUCUUCCUACUUUACUUUGGACUGCGCUUUAUAGCGGCCAAUGAUAAACUAUGGUUCUGGCUGGAGGUCAACUCAGUGGUAGACUUCUUUACUGUUCCUCCCGUGUUUGUUUCUGUCUACUUGAACAGAAGCUGGCUCGGCUUAAGAUUUCUAAGAGCACUACGAUUGAUACAGUUUUCGGAAAUACUUCAGUUUUUGAACAUCUUGAAAACAAGCAAUUCCAUCAAGCUGGUAAACCUGUGUUCCAUCUUCAUCAGCACAUGGCUCACAGCGGCAGGAUUCAUACAUUUGGUUGAAAACUCAGGGGAUCCCUGGGAAAACUUCCAGAAUUCUCAAGUACUUUCCUAUUGGGAAUGUGUCUAUUUGCUGAUGGUGACGAUGUCUACAGUGGGCUAUGGGGACGUCUAUGCAAAAACCACCUUGGGGCGCCUGUUUAUGGUCUUCUUCAUCCUGGGUGGUUUGGCCAUGUUUGCCAGCUACGUCCCUGAAAUCAUAGAGUUAAUAGGAAACCGAAAGAAAUAUGGUGGUUCCUAUAGUGCGGUUAAUGGGAGAAAGCACAUUGUGGUCUGUGGUCAUAUUACCCUCGAAAGUGUCUCCAACUUCCUCAAAGACUUCCUACACAAGGACAGGGAUGAUGUCAAUGUUGAAAUUGUUUUUCUCCAUAAUAUUUCCCCUAAUCUUGAGCUGGAAGCCUUAUUCAAACGACAUUUUACGCAAGUAGAAUUCUACCAAGGAUCUGUUCUCAACCCUCACGACCUCGCCAGAGUGAAGAUCGAGUCAGCAGAUGCCUGCUUAAUCCUAGCCAAUAAAUACUGUGCAGAUCCUGAUGCUGAAGAUGCCUCCAACAUCAUGAGGGUUAUUUCGAUCAAGAACUACCAUCCCAAGAUCAGAAUAAUCACACAAAUGCUACAGUAUCACAAUAAGGCCCAUCUGCUUAACAUUCCGAGCUGGAACUGGAGAGAGGGUGACGAUGCGAUCUGCCUGGCGGAGCUGAAGGCAGGCUUCAUAGCCCAGAGCUGUCUGGCCCAGGGCCUGUCCACCAUGCUCGCCAACCUCUUCUCUAUGAGGUCCUUCAUUGAGAUUGAGGAGGACACAUGGCAGAAGUAUUACCUAGAAGGGGUGGCUAAUGAGAUGUACACAGAGUAUUUGUCCAGUGCCUUUGUCGGCCUCACCUUCCCAACUAUCUGUGAGCUGUGUUACGUGAAGCUGAAGCUGUUGCUUAUUGCCAUCGAAUACAAGUCGGAGCAGAGAGAGAGCAGCAUCCUCAUUAACCCGGGAAACAAUGUGAAGAUGCAGGAGGGAACUCUUGGGUUCUUUAUUGCCAGUGAUGCCAAAGAAGUGAAGAGGGCAUUUUUCUACUGCAAAGCUUGUCAUGACGACAUCACAGACCCUAAGCGGAUAAAGAAGUGUGGUUGCAAACGACUGAUUUAUUCCAGGAUGUCCGUCUACAAAAGAAUGAAACUGGCAUGUUGUUUUGAUUGCGGCCGUUCAGAGCAAGACUGCUCUUGCAUGUCAAGCAGUGUACAUAGUAACAUGGACACCCUUCAGAGGGCCUACCCACUUUCCUCUGUCUCUGUUCAUGAUUGCGCAACCACUUUACGUGCCUCCAAAUAUAAGUAUAAUGGAUAUGUCAGAUCACCAGCAGAUGGCGCUACAACACCAGGGAACAGUGGAAGUCAAAAAGAGGCUGGCGUUCGAUUCAAAGCUGAUUGCAAUUUAGUCGAAGACGAGCAUCCGUCAACUCUCUCGCCCAAAAAAAAGCAGCGCAAUGGAGGGAUGCGAAACUCACCCAACAACUCGCCCAAAAUGAUGAGUCGACACGACCCCCUUCUUAUUCCUGGAAAUGAACAAAUCGAGAGCAUGGACAUGAACGUGAAGAGGUAUGACUCGACAGGGAUGUUUCACUGGUGCCCGUCAAAGGAGAUCGAAAAAGUCAUCCUGACCCGGAGUGAAGCCUCCAUGACAGUACUGAGCGGCCAUGUGGUGGUCUGUAUAUUUGGGGAUGUCACGUCCGCUUUGGUGGGGCUGCGAAACUUGGUGAUGCCUUUAAGAGCCAGUAACUUCCAUUACCACGAACUAAAGCCAAUAGUUUUUGUGGGCUCGCUGGAAUACCUGCGAAGAGAGUGGGAGACUUUACACAACUUCCCUAAGGUCUCCAUCUUACCUGGUACGCCAUUAAGUCGGGCAGAUUUAAGGGCUGUCAACAUCAACCUCUGCGACAUGUGCGUAAUACUGUCAGCCAAUCAGAACAAUAUCGAAGAUGCCUCACUGCAGGAUAAGGAAUGCAUCUUGGCAUCACUCAACAUCAAAUCUAUGCAGUUUGAUGACAGCAUUGGGGUCUUACAGGCUAAUUCCCAAGGUUUCACGCCUCCUGGAAUGGACCGGUCAUCUCCAGACAGCAGUCCAGUACAUGGCUUUGUGCGUCAGGCUUCCGUCACCACCGGAGCCAACAUCCCCAUCAUCACAGAACUAGUGAACGACUCUAACGUUCAGUUCCUGGACCAAGACGAUGAUGACGACCCAGACACGGAGCUGUACCUCACUCAGCCCUUUGCCUGCGGCACUGCCUUCGCUGUCAGUGUACUCGACUCCCUGAUGAGCGCGACAUACUUCAAUGAUAACAUCCUCACACUGAUUCGGACGCUGGUCACAGGGGGGGCCACACCAGAGCUGGAGGCCCUGUUGGCUGAGGAGAACGCUCUCAGAGGAGGAUACAGCACACCGCAGACACUGGCCAACAGAGACAGGUGUCGCGUCGCCCAGCUAGCCCUCUACGACGGGCCUUUUGCAGACUUGGGGGAUGGCGGCUGCUAUGGGGACUUAUUCUGUAAAGCACUGAAGACGUACAACAUGCUGUGCUUUGGAAUCUACAGAUUAAGAGACGCUCACAUCAAUGGACCGAGCCCGUGCACAAAGCGAUAUGUGAUCACGAACCCACCGUAUGAGUUUGAGCUGGUGCCCUCAGACCUGAUCUUCUGCCUGAUGCAGUUUGACCACAACGCAGGCCAGUCCCGAACAAACUUGUCCCACUCUUCCCACUCCUCCCAUUCCUCCAGCAAAAAGAGCUCCUCCGUCCACUCCAUCCCAGCCUCCAACCGGCAGAACCGCACCAGUAAGACCAGGGAGCCCCGCGACAAACAGAAUGCAACAAGGAUGAAUAGAAUGGGCCAAGGUAUGCAAGUUAACGAUUCUGCAUGA